AUGAAGAAGUUAUCGUUGAACCCAACAGAAAAGACUGAAACGCAUGCUGAGUCAUCCGGUGACAAGAAAAGGAAGCAUGCGAACCUGAAUCAAGCGACACAUAACAACAAGGGUUUCAACAACAAGAAACGUGACACUAACCCACCUAAGGAGGAGCUUGUUGCAUUCCAAGAUGCGACAAAUGUGGCAGAUUGGGUCAUCAAACAGAAGACUGUUGGGGAAAAGGAAAGAACGGGAAUUGAAAUCGCAACGGUGCUGGUGAUAGAAACAACGGUGGGAAUGGCAAUGGUGCUGGGUUUAAAGAAGGAAGGAAGGAUCAUCAUGACGUUGUUGAAAGGGUCAUGGGUGGGUGGUGGGAGAUUGGGAGGUAGUAGCGGCGGCGGAGGAGGAGGAGGAGGCUUCGGAGGAGAUGAUUCGACUGAAUUUGAUGCGAUUUCUCGAGACGAACGGAUGUCCUCCGUCCACAGCAUCCGCAGCGGCAUCCUCCCCUCCCUGGGUGCUCAAUCUACUCGACACGUGAAGCUUCGUCCCUUCACCAUCAACCCCUUACAUCGCCGUUACAGAAUUUGGCAGGGUUAUCUGGUGGUGCUUGUCUUCUACACAGCUUGGGUUUCUCCAUUCGAGUUCGGAUUUCUGGAUGCUCCCGAUCGUCCUCUCGCCAUCACCGAUAAUAUUGUCAACGGCUUUUUUGCCAUCGACAUUGUUUUAACCUUCUUUGUUGCCUACCUCGAUAAAAUCAGUUACCUACUCAUUGAUGACCGUCGCCUCAUCGCUUGGAGAUAUUUGAAAACAUGGUUCGUCUUUGAUGUCAUUUCCACCAUUCCAUCUGAAAUUGGUCGGAGAAUGUUGCCUGAUUCUCUCCAGCCCUAUGGCUACUUCAAUAUGCUUCGCCUUUGGCGUCUCCGAAGAGUUGGUGAUAUGUUUGCCAGGCAGGUUAUUAAACAUUGUUUCAAUUACGCGCACAGGGGCGGAACCAGAGGGGGGUCAAGAGGGUCCGCUGACCUCCCGGAUAUAGAAAUUUGUAAGAUUUUUGUAUGUACAAUAUGAGAU